GGGGCACAUCGCACACCCCUGUAUUCUCCUGACACUUGUGAGAAUGCCAGUUUCACUGCACCACGGCCAGCACUAAGCAAACUUCUGAACGUGUGUCCUUCUCGAUGAACCCACAGUAAUCUCUUUGUUUUGCUUUCGCCCAGCUCAUGCAUUCUUCAAGUCUUGGUAACCCGUAUGUUUUGUCUGUUCGGGCUCCAAACGUUCAGUGGGACAGGAACCAAAGUUAAGGACCUCAUGACGCAUCCAGACGAACCUGGGAAAACUGUGAGCUGCUGACUGCACUGCCUCUCUGAAUCCACUGGUACUUCUCUUUGUCUCCAGUUUUAAAAGCUCCCCAGAGGCGACCUGAAAUCCAGAUUCUUCUCAGAAUAGGAUGGAGGAAAUUCUGAAGUUCUCAUUAAACACAUUUAUCUUUCAAGCUAUGGAAGGAGCCAAAAUGCCAAAGGCAAAGAUUCCAGGGCAUUGCCUACACUGUUGUGAUAUCCUGAUAAACGCCUAACAAAUCCAGCAUGUGUCCUCUAGGCCUGAUCAGUUACGGGGCAAAGUUCCAGAACAGUGAGACAUCUUGGGAUUCAUCUGGCUUAGGAAAGACCUUUAACUACCAGGUGGUAGUCACCUCAAUGUUCUUUAUAUAGCUGAGUUUUGAGGUCUUUUCACUGAGGUCUUUUCUGAUGGCUGCCUCCCACCAGCAUGAAACAGAAGGAUGACCUUAUUCUAUGAGCAGGACAACUGUGAAAGGAGCUGUGUGUGUGAAAGUCUGUGGGAAGAGAGAGCCACCUAGAAUGUCCCCGUCAAACCAGUCAGUGGAAGGCCUUCUGCAGGGGGCUCCCAACAGAUCCCUGAAUGCCACAGAAAGUCCAGGGGCUUGGGAUCCAGGGACUCUUAAAGCCCUCAAGAUUUCUCUUGCUGUGGUCCUCUCCAUCAUCACAUUGGCCACGGUCCUUUCCAACGCCUUUGUGCUUACCACCAUCUUCCUGACCAGGAAGCUCCACACCCCAGCCAACUAUCUCAUUGGCUCCCUGGCCAUGACUGACCUCUUAGUUUCCAUCUUGGUCAUGCCCAUCAGCAUCGCAUAUACCACCACCCACACCUGGAGCUUUGGCCAACUCGUGUGUGACAUCUGGCUGUCUUCUGACAUCACAUGCUGCACGGCCUCCAUCCUGCAUCUCUGUGUCAUUGCUCUGGACAGGUACUGGGCCAUCACUGAUGCCCUGGAGUACAGUAAACGCCGGACAGCGGGCCAUGCAGCUGCCAUGAUUGCCAUUGUCUGGGCCAUCUCCAUCUGCAUCUCCAUCCCACCACUCUUUUGGCGGCAGGCCAAAGCUCACGGAGAGCUAUCGGACUGCCUGGUGAACACUUCUCAGAUCUCCUACACCAUCUAUUCCACCUGUGGCGCCUUCUACAUCCCGUCUGUGUUGCUUAUCAUCCUGUAUGGCCGGAUCUACAUGGCUGCCCGCAACCGCAUCCUGAAUCCACCAUCCCUCUACGGGAAGCGCUUCACCGCAGCGCAACUCAUCACAGGCUCUGCGGGGUUCUCGCUCUGCUCGCUCAACCCCAGCCUUCAUGAGGGGCACUCUCAUGUGGCCGGUUCCCCUCUCUUUUUUAACCAGGUGAAAAUCAAACUUGCGGAUAGUGCCCUGGAGCGCAAGAGGAUUUCUGCUGCCCGAGAGAGGAAAGCCACUAAAACCCUGGGGAUCAUUCUGGGGGCCUUUAUCAUCUGCUGGCUGCCCUUCUUUGUUGCAUCUCUUGUCCUACCCAUCUGCCGGGACUCCUGCUGGAUCCACCCAGCCCUUUUUGACUUUUUCACCUGGCUAGGUUAUCUAAACUCCCUCAUCAAUCCAGUAAUCUAUACUGUGUUUAACGAAGAGUUUCGGCAAGCGUUUCAGAAAGUUAUCCAUUUCCGGAAAGCCUCUUAGUCAUAUUUGGUGAUGACUCUUGUUAUCUUUUAUAUCUUGU